AAAUAUCAUUUUUUGAUCCAAAUAUAUGCAUCCCAGAAUGCCCAGCAGAUUCUAAGCCCAAAGUGGGAAUGAUUUUUGAGAAGCUUGAAGAUGGGAUUUCGUUCUACAAGAACUACGUGCUUUUGGCAGGUUUUGACAUUCGGUUGGGUACGUCUACAAAGUCUCCGGAUGGUGUAAAUGUAUGGAAGUAUAUUUUAUGCAGUCGUGAAGGUCAUAAACACGCUGCUCAGAUCUCCAGCAAUGCUCCCAGUAUGUCCGCGAGCACCCCAAAUGGUAAGAAAAGGAUUCGGCGUCGUGUUUCCAACCGCACUGGCUGUAGAGCACGUGUAAUUUUCAGAUUAUGUGGUAGUGUUGGAUACAAAAUCACCUCCUUUGAGGAACGCCACAAUCACCCGAUGCUCUCAUCCUUCUCGAGACCCUUUUUGAAGAUCAAUCGGAAUGUUGACAUUGGACACAAGAAAUUCAUGCUAAAUUGUUCCAAAGCAAAUAUCGGCACAAUGAAAUCAUUUCGAUUGUUUAAGGAGUCAGUUGGCGGUUAUAAUAACAUAGGCGCCACAGCAAUUGAUUUCAAUAACUUCAAACGAGACCUUAAGGCAUAUGUUGCGGGUGGAGAUGCACAAAUGAUCAUCGACAAAAUGUUUCGAAGACAAGAAACAUGUCCUGCAUUUCGUUUUGCAUAUGAUGUUGAUGAAACGGACCAACUUACCCGACUAUUUUGGUGCGAUCCCGUUGCUAGGAAAAACUGGGUUCUGUUUGGGGACGUUUUCUCUUUCGAUGCUACGUAUGAGACUAACAGGUACAACAUGGUGUUCACUCCAUUCACAGGCGUGGAUAAUCACCAGAAGUGUGUUACAUUUGGAGCUGGUUUACUCUGCAACGAAGACAUAGAAUCCUAUACUUGGAUCUUUCGCCAAUUUCAGGAUGCAAUGGACCAUGAUCCACAGUGCAUCAUAACAGACCAAGAUCCCUCAUUGACGACUGCUAUCAGCGAAGUUUUCCCACAGACAACACACAGAGACCAAUUCAUGGCUGGUUUACUACGAACAACUUCACGAUCUGAAAGUGAGAACAGCUUCUUCGGGGAGUUCUCUAACCCCCAUUUCAGUCUCGUAGAGUUCUCGAUGCAGUUUGAAAGUGCCAUGGAUGCACAACGCCACAGGAAUGCUAAGUUAAAUGCAGAUUCUGAAUCCUGCACUCCUGUGUUCAAGACUCCGUUGCCAAUUGAGAGGCAUGCCGCUGCCAUAUAUACGUUGUCAGUAUUUUAUGAUGUGCAAAAAGAGAUUUGUGCUGCAUGUUUCUCGUGUUUUAGCACACAUGUUGAGAACAUCGAUGAUAAACUGCACUACACGAUUAAGGACAAUAGAGGUAUGACGUUCUCAAUUAUGUACUCCGCAGAUAAUUCAUACGCAUCAUGUUCAUGCAAGCAUUAUCAGCGCGUUGGGCUUCUCUAUAGGCAUAUAUUUGUUGUUCUUAUAGCAAUGGGAUGUCCCACUAUUCCUGACAAUUACGUUACAAAGCGAUGGUGUAAGAUUGACAUAGCAAAACGUUAUCUUGGAUCUGUCUCGUGUGGCAUUGAAGGGGAUUCAAAUCAAGAGAAUACUAGAUGGAAGAUAAACCAUUUGUGGGCUAACAUCCAUGCGUGUGUUGCACUUGCGGAGAAUGAUUCUGAGUUGUUAGAUGCAUUUACCCAAGUUAUUAAAACACAGAAACAAAACCUCGAGAGAUCGGCCUAUUCUGGAGAUUCAGAACCAGAAAAGAACAAGAUUUUUGAAUCUUACUAUGGCACAUCGGCACCAUCCGAGAUUCGUGUUUUACCUCCCGAGAAGGUGCAUAACAAGGGCAGUGGAAAACGCAUCAAAAGUGCCGUAGAAAUAAGCAUGGAGCAGUCCAAAAAACAAAAAAGAGAGUAUGCCGAACAUGCAAAGAAGUUGGUUACCACGACAGUCGAAACUGCCCAAUGAAUAAGGGGCUAUGAUAAUCUUAUUU